AUGGAGAUUCCAUUGGAGCUCAUGCUGAGUAUAACUGGAAAACAUCCUUGGAUGUUCUUUCCUGGCAUUAUCGCACUAGGGCAUCCUAUAUUCGAGAUUAUCGAGUCAACAAAUCCCGAGAGAGAUUGGGAUUUAAGAUUAGCCUACCUUCUUCUCUAUUCAUUUGAUGUAGCAAACAACUUCUGGCAGUUAUAUGGUGAUUUCCUGCCUAGUGGAGAAGAAUGCACCAGCUUGCUUCUGGCACCGAAGGGGAGUCUAAUGGAACUAGAAGAUGAAGAUAUGUCCUCAGAGAUGUUAAAACACCAACAUGGAGCAGUUGAUUUUUGGCAGAAACAUCGGAUAUUUCUCUCGGGAUUGAGCAUUGUUCAAUCUUGCUCUUUCAACAAUAUGAGAACAGGAGCUUUCAUUCAAGAUGCAAAUGUCCUAGCUCCUUACGCCGAUAUGUUGAAUCACUCACCUGAUGCUAACUGUUUCCUGCAUUGGCGUUUCAAAGAUCGAAUGCUUGAAUUUACGAUCAAGGCGGGGCAUGCUAUCAGAAAAGGAGAUGAGGUACUGUUUAAAGAGUAG